UAUCCUGCAGUAUUUUUUUAAUUCGUGUUUAAAGUCGGGACUAUUUCUUGCUUAGCGUAACAAUAUUUUCGCUCCGAGAGGUGACGGUUUUGUAACGUGCGUCACAUUCGACCAAUCAGGUAGCCGCGCAGAUCCCAGAUGGCGAUGUCAACAACGUCUAGCGAUGAAGAGGAAAAUACUCUAAAACAUCUAAAACACCUUAAAAAAGUUAGAAAAAAGAACAACAAAAUAUGCUACAUGCAUGUUACGUCUGUACGGAAUGAAGAGGUGAAUGAUUUCACUAUCAGAAGGUGGGAUACUUACAGAAAUUGUUUGCAACGGUGGCUUUGCUGUCAUAGCGACUCUCAUAAAUUAGCCGAGACAUUUAAAUCCUGUAUUGAUGUUGAAUAUAAAGAUAUUCCUGGUGACGCUGGGUUUCACCCGACUUGUUACCGGCGGUUCAUUGAUAAAAGGCGAUUGGAUUCUGCCGAAAAACGGGCCAAACGGCUGGCUCUGGGUCAAGAUGAGUCUGUGCCAUCGGACAACGCUUCAGGUUCAGGCUCAAGUGACAUUCCACGGAAAAAACUAAGAUCGAAGACGGGCCUGCCUAUCGGUUCUGCUGGCCCCGUGCUCCCUGCCUUUUGUAUAAUUUGCAAGAAAACGGACAAGAGCAUUACUGUGGGAGGCAAACGGCAGAAAGACCAUCUUUCACAAGCAGAAACGCUUUCAGCAGGCCAGUUGAUGAACGCUGCCAGGAUAAAGCAAGACAGUAGCAUUCUCUUGCAUAUUCAAGACAGAGACUGUGUGGCCAUAGGGGUGCGGUACCACAAGUCCUGUUACAGACAGUACACCAGGUUCCUGACAAAGUCUGCUGUAACAGCUAAUGGAACCGCAGAUGAAGAAGUGUGAGUUAUUAAAUUGCAUUAUCAAUUAUAUACACAUUAUAAAUUACAAUUCAUAUUCUAGAUGCAUGACAGAUACAGUGUCAAAAAUUAUGAAAUGAAUAUAGAAUAAAUAAAAGUUUCACUUUUUGAAUGGACUUUUCCAUGAUAUUACAUUUGUUUUAGAUGCACUUGUAAAGGCUGUUUGUAUGUAGCUACAAUCUUGACUGCAUACCUUUUGGCACAUAUUAAAUGUG